CAUCCGCCGCCAGAGCACGCGCGAACAGAAGGCAAAAGCUUUUCGGGUUGCAUUUCGGAGCGGAAGGAUGGCUUCGCUCGCUUCUUUCUCCAGGAUGGGGGCACGGGUGGCGUCCGCCGCUGCCCGCACUGCGCCCCGCACGGCGAAGCAGGCUGUGCAGGCGAGCGCCGCGCGGAGCUUCUCCGUGGCUAGCCAGGUGAUCGAGCUGUCGAGCUACCUCGAGAAGCGCAUCGCCAGCACGGCCACGGACGCCGACAAGGCGGUGUCCGAGUACAACGAGGUCGGCAAGGUCGUAACCGUCGGCGACGGUAUCGCGCGCGUUUACGGGCUCAACAAUGUGCAGGCCGGGGAGAUGGUCAUCUUCGACUGCGGGCUUCGGGGCAUGGCCCUCAACCUGGAGGAGAGCAACGUGGGUGUCGUUAUCUUCGGUGACGACAGGGAGAUCCUCGAGGGCGGCACCGUCAAGCGCACCGGGUCCAUCGUGGACGUGCCCGUGGGGCCGGAGUGCCUCGGCAGAGUACUCGACGGCCUGGGCGUGCCCAUCGACGGCGCGGGGCCCCUCACCACCAAGACGCGCUCGCGUGCGGAAGUGAAGGCCCCCGGCAUCAUCCCCCGCAAGUCCGUGCACGAGCCCGUGCAGACUGGCCUGAAGGCCGUGGACGCCCUGAUCCCGAUCGGGCGCGGGCAGCGUGAGCUGGUGAUCGGUGACCGACAGACGGGCAAGACGGCCAUCUGCAUCGACACGAUCAUCAACCAGAAGACCAAGGGCGACGACUUGCUCUACUGCGUGUGGCUGGAGGGUGGCGGUCUGUCCGCUGUUGCGACGUUCCUCGCACCUUACUCCGGAGCCGCGAUCGGCGAGUACUUCCGCGACAACGGGAAGCACGCCGUCAUCUUCUACGACGACCUUUCCAAGCAGGCCGUCGCCUACCGUCAGAUGUCUCUGCUGCUGCGCCGUCCCCCCGGCCGUGAGGCCUACCCGGGAGACGUGUUCUACCUGCACUCCCGUCUGCUCGAGCGCGCCGCCAAGCUCGGCGACGCCUCCGGCAACGGUUCGCUGACCGCCCUGCCCAUCAUCGAGACCCAGGCCGGUGAUGUGUCGGCGUACAUCCCCACCAACGUUAUCAGUAUCACGGACGGACAGAUCUUCCUCGAGUCCGAGCUGUUCUACCAGGGCCAGCGCCCCGCAAUCUCUGUGGGUCUCUCGGUGUCCCGCGUGGGGUCCGCCGCACAGCGCAAGUGCAUGAAGCAGGUGGCCGGUACCAUGAAGCUGGAGCUCGCGCAGUACCGUGAGGUCGCUGCAUUCGCCAAGUUCGGAUCUGACCUGGACGCCUCUACCCAGCAGCAGCUUAACCGGGGGGUGCGGCUGUACGAGUUGCUGAAGCAGGACCAGUACGUGCCGCUCGAGGUUGAGGAGCAGGUGGUGAUCCUGUUCGCGGGCGUGAAGGGCUUCAUCGACCGCGUGGACGUGAACAAGGUUACCGCUUACGAGAAGGCGUGGCUGGCCCACAUCAAGGCCUCUCACUCGUCGGACAUCUUGGAAGGCAUCAAGAACGCCAACUACGAGCUGACCGACGACAUGCAGCAGAAGCUCGCCAGCGUCUGCGACGAGUUCACCACCUCCUUCACGAGCUAAACACGCUGAAGGCGCUAGCGACAUGAGAAGAGAGCGAGCAGACAGCGAUUUUGGCGUUUAGUAGUGUACCGUCGAGCUGUCGUAGCAGUCUGGCUGAAAGGCGAUGUUGGCGUUAGUGAGGUGGGCGGCUUCAAUCGGGUCGGCUGGAGGGGGAAACAAGCAGAACUUUAGUAGCACUUUGUGGUCGUUUCUCCUUCGUGCCGCCUGUGGGCAUGAUUAAGCAUCUCCAUUCUUUCAUUGGCACAGGUUCGUGUUUCUGCUAGGUUACUGCUUCAUAGGUUAUCGGGGCUUGUUGGAGGGUGCCCCGACGCAGACACGAUUAAGCGACUCCAUCCGUUAAUAGGGACAGGGUGGUGUUUCUUGGUGGUUAUCGGGACUUCAGGGGGACUCCCGGACUUGGAAAGCAAAACAGUGUUAAAUACUGCUGUGCCGCGGCGGAAAUAGUUUGGCCGAUUGGUCCUUCGUGCUCCUUGGGGGCAGGCAACAAGCAGCAGCACGUGUCAAUACGUUCGUCACACAUUCUCGUUGUUUUUGGUCUGGCCAUGAACGUUGUGGCCCCGCACAUGAUUACCGCGUUAACUCAUUUAUCACAUCU